AAAGUUUGCACUCGGAGGCGGAGCCUUGGGGGCGGAGAAUGGAACGUUGAGAGGGUCGCCUGGUAACGCGAACGUAAACCGACGGUGUGUGUCGUAAAGGGUCUGCGUUGGAACAGCGAGUAAAGAGCUCCAUUGUGCUUGAAGACCAGAGCGGACAAGAAGAGCCGAACAAGAACACCUCCUGAACCCGAAAGACACCGAUGAUACGCCGGCACACAUGGACGCCAAUGCGACACGCUAGUGCGGCUGUAUUUUGCGGGGCGGACGGCGUGCUCCCGGCGGAAGGAGCCGGAACAGGAAGAGUUAAGACUCGACAUCAGAACUGUUUAUUUGUGCGGCUAGCAGGCUAGCUGGCUACAUGCUCCGGAGCUGCUGUCGUGUCUUUGCUUGAUGGAAACCUCCAUCUGUGCGUCCUCCAGCAAGCUGCUCUUUUCUCGCCGUUCGUGGUCCUGACCGUCCAGACGCAACUUUGAAGGCUUGCGAGCUGACGGUGGGCCACCAACAGGAAGCUGGGUUGAACAUGACUCACCAGCCACUGCCACCAAGUCGUACCCAGCUCGUGGCUGUGGAGGCCCGGCCGACGCCCCUCGAGGGAGAGGCAUUGAGGUCAACUCGCUGACGAUCAUCUCAAUACCUCUCCUCCGCCGGAUCUUCGCAGACCAUCCCCCCUCCCCCGUCCUCUCCGCACCAUGCUGCGCUUCCUUCCGCUCAAGCUGGGCCGCCUGUACCGCUGUCUCAAGCUGCUGUUUGUGCUGGGAUUGUUUGUCAUCUUGCUGAUGAACACCCACAACCUGUUUGCCUCAUUCCAGAAGAACGAACUCACCGACCGACGCUUCAUCAACCUCAACAAGUGUCCCGCCUGCUUCGGCACCAGCUGGUGCCGCAAGUUCAUGAACGGUCAGGUGUCCUUUGAAACCUGGGGGCGCCUUCGCUUCCUCGACAUCUUCAACGUCAAGAAUGUUUACUUCGCUCAGUACGGGGAGCCCCGGGAGGGCACCCGGCGCAUCGUACUGAAACGGCUGGGCUCCAACCAGGAGCUGGCCGAGAUCGACCAGAAGAUCUGCAAGAGGGCCACGGGCAGGCCCCGCUGCGAUCUGAUCCAGGCCAUGUACAAGACCGAAUUCGCAAGGAUCAACGGCGAUGUUCGCCUCCUCACUCCAGAGGUGGUGGAGGGCUGGUCAGACCUGGUGCACUGCCCCUCUCAGAGGCUGCUGGACCGCGUGGUCCGACGCUACGCCGAGACCAAAGACUCUGGCAGUUUCCUGCUCAAGAACCUCAAGGACACGGAGAGAAUGCAGCUGCUCAUGACCUUGGCAUUCAACCCGGAACCGCUCGUCCUGCAGAGCUUUCCGUCAGACGAAGGCUGGCCGUUCGCCAAGUACCUGGGAGCGUGUGGGCGCGUGGUGGCUGUCAACUACGUGGGCGAGGAGCUGUGGAGCUACUACAACGCGCCCUGGGAGAAGAGAGUAGACCUGGCGCGGCAGCUGAUGGACAUCGCCGAGCAGCUGACCAACAACGACUUUGAGUUCGCGCUCUACUUGCUGGACGUCAGCUUCGACAACUUUGCGGUCGGCCCGCGCGACGGAAAGGUCAUCGUCGUGGACGCCGAGAACGUUCUGGUGGCAGACAAGCGACUGAUCAAGCAGAACAAGCCGGAGAACUACGACGUUUGGUACGAGAGCCGCUUUGAGGAGUGCGACCGGGAGGCCUGCCUGUCCUUCUCCAAGGACUCGCUGUGCUCCCGGGUCACCGUGGACCACAACUACUACGCCGUGUGCCAGAACCUCCUGUCCCGCUACGCCACGUGGCGGGGCACCACCGGGGGCCUCCUCCACGACCCCCCCGCCCACAUAGCCAAAGACGGACAGCUGGAGGCCCUGCUGGACGAGUGCACCAAACCCAAGAAGCGCUACGGCCGCUUCCAGGCCGCCAAGGAACUGCGCGAGUUCCUCACGCGGCUGUCGGCCGACUCCUCCCCCGCCAGGUAAUGGACGGGGUCGGCGUUGGCCCGAAGGAACUGCCGGGGUCCUCGUGCACGAUGUCAUUCGCGCUCCUCUGCACAGGAGCGGGAGGAACCUGCUAAGACCUUGCUGCUGCCCGACCAGUCAGCUGCGAAGAUUCUGUCGCGAAACGGGACAGGCAGCGGCCAUCUUUACAGGAAGGGGGCGGGCUCUGAUGGAUACUGACCCCUCACACGUCACCGUGGUUUCAUGAAGGCAUUGAGUUUAGCGCCCCUCUUUUUGGCUUUUGUUUUUCCUCUUCAGUUCAGGGUGCUUUGCGUGGAGGAGUUUUCACCUUUUAUUUCCCAUGUAGCACGGCGGCAGGGAAGGCAGGGGUGGCGCUCGUGCUCCUGGGGGACGGGGGCAGCUAACUGGGGUGCACGAUAUAAGGGAGUCCUCACAUGACACCCGUAAAUCCCAUAGCAUUACAAAUACCUCCCAUAAUCCAUCAUUUCACAUGGGUGAGGUGAGGUUACCUGUACUGUGCAGGUGAGCAAAUGAAGCGCUCCUUUUCUCUCCUGCCCGUCACGUGAAUGGCCAGUCAUGAGGGGGAAACCCAUGGAGCACACAAAAACCUUAUCAGCCUCCUGAGACCUCAGUGGCAGCACACCGGCCGCUCGGAGCGUGUGCCCCAAUACGGCGCACCUUGCUGGGCCACGGCAGGUGGCUCCUCCCCCUGUCCUCUGCCUCUCCUGGUAGCGACGUGCUAGUAGCCAUGUUUGUUUGGUUAGGACUCAUCAGCCGAUCCUCAUUUCUUCCUGUCCUCCGUAGCGCCAGGUGUGCAUGAACGCCACUUCUGUCUACGUUUGAAAAGAGUCGAUAGAAAACGCUCAUCAUGGGCAUCAGAUACGGGCACCCCCCCCCCAUCAAUCAGUGUUGUUGUGGCAAUCACCAUCUUCCUCCUUCCUCCUGGUGAGUGAACAGGAAGCAGGGAGAAGAAGGGCGGGCCCGCCGCGAUGACGCAGACGUAGCAAACGGGCUGAGGGGAACGUCAAGACGCUGCUGGAUGUCAUGACUUGACUAUCGCCGGAUCGAUCCCCCCCACCAUGAGAGAACAUUUUUGGCGUGGCCCCGUCCCGUGUAGCACGCUCGGCGCCUCCCGUGAGCCGGCGAGGCUUUGGAAAAGCAAUAGUUUGAAAAGGAGGAGGAGCUUGAACUCCGUUCCCCGUUUUGUCGUCAUCCGUUCCUCUUGGACCCCUCGAGGCGUUCCACGUGCGUGACCAACUGUCCACUUUUGUACUGUCCUUUCCUUUGGAGUGUCCUAUCAGCGUUGUCUGAUUCUUCCUGUGCCUUUCAUUCGAAAGUUGGAUUUGCAACUUUUUAGUGGGUUUAAUGAUUCCAAUAAAAGAAGAUCUAUAUCUAUAUAUAUAUCUAUAUAUAGACAAAUCUACACUUGUGUGUCUCAUGACUUGACUCAUGACUCUUCUUGUGGAGGAGGGCCCCCCCGAUGCUGAGAUGCUAGCUAGUGAGCUAACCAGUUAGCUUCAAAUGUAUUUCUUCUAAACCUACACAGCCUGAAACUAACCACUUCCACACAGAAUGUGAGGACAACUUAUUUUCACUGACUUGAGGACUUCAUGCGGUGUUAGGCUAAUGUCAGGUAAGCUAAUGUCUCAUUACUACCAUCUGGUGAGCACAAUACUACAUAGUAUGACUUGUACUUACAUGCAGUAUGUUAGUAGUAAUAACAGACCCCAUACUGCCACCACACAGCGACCAUGUACUCUUUCAUCCGUAGCUGAAAACCACGAUACGGCGAGGGAGCGAUACUCCAACCGCGGCACGGCCAGGAACACAGGUAUUUCUUUCCUUCAUAGCAACAUGGCUACUCUAAGCGAGAACAUUGGCGUUCCUUUUUACGCUCCACGUAAGAACAUCGGCCUCCGUGGUCCUCCUUCCCGCGCCUCCUGUUAUCCUCGCCAUCCUGGUGGUGCAGGAGGAGGAGGCCUGCGUCUUUAAGUCACACUGUUUGUUUUCCAGCCGAGGUCCAAAUGAUACUGAUCUGCAGCCUGGCUUCUCCCGGCAUGGAAGUCAUCCAGCAGGAAAUGACUUGGCUUAAAUGUGACUCCUUCCUUCCUUUCUUCCUUCCUUGCUUCCUUCCCUCCUUCCUUCCUUCCUUCCUUCCUUCCUUCCUUCCCUCCUUCCUGUAAUCGCUGCUCGUGGACACGCCCUCUGGUUUGUGGCGAGCUGAUGGCGUCACUGCGUGGUGAACGCCAUGUAACCCCCACCCCCCCACCCCGCUUCUGGAAGGCUCCUGGCAUGCAGACCCCCCCCCCCCCCCUCCCCCCAGCUUUAAAUAAACACUAGGCCAUUUCUAGACGCGGCCACGGGGGAUUUGAAACAUUAAGACUCCGGAGAGGAGAAAGCUCGGAAAAAACCCAAACGUCACGAGACCAAAAGUUUGCUGAGCUGUGGAACGCAAAUAGCUGCUCAAACCUCCUCCUUUGGUCUCCAAGCUGCAGGCUGCGGACCUGGGAUGGAACAGCUACGCUACGUACGCUUCAUGCCCUCGCACCGCAUGUUGGCUCUCCCUGGCACGCUGGCUUUAGCACCUCCUUUGGUUCUCCUCAUUGCUGUUACACUACACUAGCACCUCCUUUGGUUCUCCUCAUUAGAGUUACACUACACUAGCACCUCCUUUGGUUCUUCUCAUUGCUGUUACACUACACUAGCACCUCCUUUGGUUCUCCUCAUUGCUGUUACACUACACUAGCACCUCCUUUGGUUCUCCUCAUUGCUGUUACACUACACUAGCACCUCCUUUGGUUCUUCUCAUUCGUGUUACACUAUUGGUAUCUACUAGCACCUCCUUUGGUUCUUCUCAUUGCUGUUACACUACACUAGCACCUCCUUUGGUUCUCCUCAUUGCUGUUACACUACACUAGCACCUCCUUUGGUUCUCCUCAUUGCUGUUACACUACACUAACACCUCCUUUUGGUUCUCCUCAUUGCUGUUACACUACACUAACACCUCCUUUUGGUUCUUCUCAUUACUGUUACACUACACUAGCACCUCCUUUGGUUCUCCUCAUUACUGUUACACUAUUGGUAUCUACUAGCACCUCCUUUGGGUCUCCUCAUUCGUGUUACACUAUUGGUAUCUACUAGCACCUCCUUUGGGUCUCCUCAUUCGUGUUACCAAUAGUGUAUCUACUAGCACCUCCUUUGGGUCUCCUCAUUCGUGUUACACUAUUGGUAUCUACUAGCACCUCCUUUGGUUCUCCUCAUUCGUGUUACACUAUUGGUAUCUACUAGCACCUCCUUUGGGUCUCCUCAUUCGUGUUACACUAUUGGUAUCUACUAGCACCUCCUUUGGUUCUCCUCAUUGCUGUUACACUAUUGGUAUCUACUAGCACCUCCUUUGGGUCUCCUCAUUCGUGUUACACUAUUGGUAUCUACUAGCACCUCCUGAUUGUCAUGUGCUUCCAGCAUCCAUGAGGUGGAGGGACUCGAACAUGGAACCCAUGGAGCUUUGCUGCGAGAGCGGACUUGGGCGCGUGAGGCGUUGCUAUGGAAACGCCAUCACGGAUCCGCGCGUGACGACAGGCGUGCAGCAGGAUGGGGAGCGCUGAUGUCUCACUCGGGGGAGAGGGGGGGCGGGGCUUGGGGCGCCACGGCGGGAUGAAAAAUGGGCGACAAGAAGAAGCAAAGUUUCUUGGUGAGCUGUAAAGUCUAUUUCAUGCUCUGGCAGGCCUCGGGCCCACGGAGCCAUUUUUAGUCCUGCACUGACCUACAUUUGUUUUUUUAACACUCCAGGGGACGUUACGUUUGGACACUGUCGCUGCGUGUGCGUGUGCGUGUGCGUGUGCCCCCCAGGCUGUUGUUUUUGGGUGCUUUUCCGGGCUUGGCGGAGGCCCCGGAGACCCGAUCCAGGAACAGGCAGCCUUCCGCUAAGUCGUGACGAAUGCAGACAGGGGCGCUGCUAGCCGCCUUCCGGGCAGGCAGCGUGAUGAUGAUGAUGAUGAUGUCACGCGUGUCCGAGCCCCCUUCCGGUAAGCCAUGGAACACGCUACGCUACAAGUUCCAACUUUGAAGCUCCAACGGGCCUGACGGGCGCUGAGGAGUAAAGUGGAGUUCGACAUUUAAGAGUUAGAGUCCCAAAUAAGCUUCCGGAGCUUUUAUUUUGUGUGCUGUGCUUCCUGCCGGGUGUGGCAUGCAGCGGCUUGACCCGAGUGGAUCCGUGAGCGGCUGUUAGCGAUUGCAAUUAGUCAGCUUCACGAAGGUCGGUUAGCUUGUUCUCCUCAACUCCUGUUGGUUGGUUUGUCCUCCUUAGCUUUUUAUCCUCUCUCCCCAAAACACUUAUUGACUUAU